ACGCUUAGCGGGCGAGUCAGUCACCUGGUCGGUACGGGUAAGGGGGUCGGUGGUGCAGCCGGGUGCAGCAAAAGAGCAAGUGCGGCAAAAAGGGGGCCACACGACGAGGCAGCGGCGCCCCUCCCCCUCCUCUCCGGCUUCCCCUCACUCCCUCACUCGAAGAAGGGAACAGGUCCUGAGGCCCUGCGUAGGCCGGGCGUCCCGCUUCCGAAGGACCGGUUGUCCGGAUCACUCGAGCCGAGCGCGCCGGAGGAACCAAGCCGUCGCAUCGCCUGUGUCUCGAGCGAGCGAGCCGCCGCGGACACUAGCGUCAUCAGCCGCAGCGCCGAGGAAGGGAAUACCGCCGCGCCGGAGCACCGGACACUCCAGGAGUGGUACCAUAGGAGCAGCAUCAGCAGCGCGUCGCUGGGAAACAUAGGGACAUGGGCACCUGAGGUGCUCGGGGGUGCGCGCGUGUGUGUGUGUCUGUGUGAGCGCGCGACGGGGUCGCGCCGUCGCCGGUCUGAGCCCUUCACGACGAGAGCCAUGGCGGCAACCGCUGCCAGCCGGCCACACCGGGUCCACUCGGCGAUGCUGCUGUCAACGCCGGUGCUCGUCCCGAUGCUGCUGCUCGGAUUCAUUGCACUCGCAUCAGCCGGGAGCGUAGCGAAGCGGCCCUGGAAGAACAGCACCUCGUGCGACCCGGACACGCACUUCAUGUGUCGGAGCGACCCAAAGAUCUGCAUAGCGCUCUCCAGGGUCCGCGACGGCUCGGCCGACUGCCCCGACGCGUCGGACGAAGCGUGCCACAGGGGAGAGUUUCGGUGUCUGAGCAACUACUUCUGCAUUCCCGAGCGGCGCGUCAGAGACGGCUGGGAAGACUGUCCCGACGGCUCCGACGAAAUUUGCCAAAAGAACGAACACCGGUGUCGCUGCGGCUUCCCUCGCUGCAUCAGCGUCGAACGAGUCGGUGAUGGCGUCAGGGACUGUCUGGACGGCUCCGAUGAAGACAAAGAGAAAGGCAAGGCUUACAAGUGUCCCAGCGACAGCUCCUUGCAAGACCUCAUGGCUGUCGAGCGGCGUCGGCGUUCAGAAUCUGAACGGAGGAGAAAGGCGCGGCAUUCGGGCCUAAUGACAUACACCGUGGGACUGGACCACCAGGCAGAAGCUGCGGAAGUGAGCGUGGCUCUGAUCGAGCCAACUGGCGCCCUGGCCACUCUCACCCGCACCGAAGUCAACGCCGAACAAACAACACUGCACACGACCGAAAUACGACGAGAGUACGUCGAGGGCACGUACAGUCAGAUCUUGUCCACCCAUUCCACAGUACUCGAGCUUGCGCCGUCCCUCAACGAAGUGGAAGACUCGGCUCAUCGAGAAGGCACGAGACAGCGGCCGCAAACUACGCACGGCGUACAGAGCUUCGGCUCACUGAGUUCAGGAAAGGUCUUUCAGACGGCCGUCAACGAACUGUCCUCGACUGUUACGACGGACGUUAAACCAACCAAGACAACGCAAGGGUCCUUGCUGAGCGCAGGGCCGGGCAGCAAAUCCACCACUGUAGUGGGCCUCAACAUCAAAAGCGGUCAAAUAUCGGAGCUGAGUGACGAAAAAGACAGUGAGGUGCCAGUCAUAACAGUCACGGGUACGGAAGGUCUUCUCGUUCAGGCAACUGGAUCCGAACAUGUGACGUACAAGGUGUUCACGGGUACCUACGUCAACACGGAGGAUCACAAUGCGAAGACGUACAUGUUCUUUUUCGGCAACAGACAGCUGCCGGUCGACGCCACGCCGUCGCUUCCGGAAGAAGCCACAAGAACGGCCGAAUUCGACAUUCGAUCGGGCAACCAGAAAGGCGUGGUCUUAGACAUUUCCCACAAGAUUGGCGUGCUUCUGCCCUCUCAGACUGUGUCCACCAUUUCACCAACAGAGGCGCCCCGUUCUGACUACCUCAUUUUCGGAUCGGGUAGUGCACAAGGCGGUGAAUCUAUGACCGGAAUGCUGAUCGAAGGUUCUGAACCCAUCACCAUCGAAGGUAUGACAGGAUCUCACAUGGCAACAGCUAGCACCAUGCACGUCACAUUGAGCUCUAUGCCGUCCCAGAGUCGGCGAGAAAAGGCGAGUUCACAAACCCACAAAAAACCCACACCAACACUCUACAGACACGGGAAAAAGUUUGAGCCAACGGCUACAGGAAGGAGAAUUGCUCCUAUGGAUGGGGCGACAAUAAUAACGGACAAAUUUUUCCUGCCUCAACAUCUGGGGCUUUAUACGACAUCUCCCGUUUCGGACUCAUCUAGAACAGCAGACGAGUUUCUGGAUGAAGUUGACCACGAUUACGACACUCCACCGGUGCGAGAAGAAGAGGCUGUGGUUAUGGUCAGAAUGAGACACCCACUCAACAACAUCAACCUCGGGGAUUUCAGGCCAGAGCUACUGACACCUUCGCCGGUGAAGGACAUUAGACCAACAAAAACGGUUGGUUCCCAUCACGAUGAGUACGCCGACGACGCUGGUGACAUAUUCGCAACGGACGCCUUAAGCGGUCAUGAUAGCGAGCAGAGUACAUCGACAAAAAAGAACAGAGUGACGCUAUUUGGCUUUCUGGACUUCACGACGACAAUAUCUGGAACGGAAGUUGUAUUUCAACCGGCAGCAACAGGUACAUCCUUCGAUUUCGGAAAGACUAGACGUCCACACGAUGAAGACAUAUAUAACCCAUUCAACAUUCCUACACGAAAUGAGCAGACAACCUCGUCCUCAGCAAAGCGCAAAGAGUCUGCAUAUGGCACCGAAACAAGAGAGUUCGUGUCGAAGUUGUCGAUGUUAACGUCUACAUUUAAGGGUGGCGUAGAAAUGCUCAGUACAAUGUACACAUCCACAAUCCCGAUGCUAGUCAAAUCUCGGCUGCCAAAAUAUGAUGACACUGAUUUGGAGGACCAUCCCCACUCUCCCUAUGCUGGACUUAAUAUCGGCAAUCCUGAAAACCCAGAAGACUACUUUUAUGACAGUCACUUGCAGGAAAACCUUGUUCCUUCUUCAAGCUUUAGGCAUGAGGACCUACAAACACCAAACUUCUUGUCUUCGUUCUUAUUUCCGGCUUCUAAGAACGAAGAUGUGUCGUCUCCAACAUUCACGUCACAGCUACGCAGCAGUUCCGCUCAGCCCUCAGAGACAGUUAUGGUGUCUAUGAUUGAAGGAUCUAAAACAGAAAAGUAUCCUGUAACACCGACGCGACCUGCCCUUUCGACACCCACGCCUAAAAGAAAGAAAACGUACAAGACAGGUUUAGUGAGCUCUAUAACAGGCACAGAUAUCAAUGGUGACAUGACUACUGAAUGGACAACCCUUAUUAUUGGCACGGUGAUUGGCGGAAGAUACGCGCACGUCAUUCAAAGUACAUCAAGCAUAUUUUAUACCCAGUCGAAGACAGAAAUGACAGAAGAAGUUACAACGCCAAAAGCACCACCUCCAGCCCCUCCUGGUCUUGUACUUCCUAGCGACAUCCAAAUCGAGGGAGUAUCUGAUCGCGCUGUGACUGAACAAGAUCUCGAAGAAGGCACUCAGGCACCGGCACCUGUUACAGAGGAGACGCCUCAAGCUGAAAGUGGUGAAGGAUCGCACGAUUCAUUGGACGUGUACAGUAUAACUUCUAAUUUCGCUAUUCCACUUAUAAACCAGUCACGGGUUAUUGAAGAAAGUUACGAAACUGCUCUGCCUGGACAAGAUCAGCCUUCGGUUGUUGAACUAUCAGAUGACUUGCACCUUUCCACAUUAGUCCCGUCAAUCAAGCCAUCUUACACGUCACCCACGUCCACAUCCGACGUAGCAGUAUUGACAGAUGGUUUUAUCCUGCCUGGCACGCAAGAGAGUGCGAAGGAAUACGACUAUGACCAGCAGCCAACGACGUCUCCGAGCCCGGAAGAAGACAAGCCAAAAAUCAUCACCAUGGGAUUUAUUCUGCCUGGAGCGGACCCCGCAAAAGAAUUUGAAGACGAUAUUGUGCACACUGAUGAAGUUAGACUCCUGACAGAUGGUUUCGUUCUACCCGGUCAGGAUCUGCCUUCUCAGCUUGGGAACGAUCAAACGCAGUCAACGCUACAAGGAAGAAUUAUUGACACCGUCGCACCGGUACAUCAGGAAGCGGCGACAGAGACAUUAUAUCCUAUCACACACUACUCUACAUUCACUUACUACACGACGCUAUCCGAUAGUAUUGUGUCCAGUAGAGAGGUCACAACAUCUCAGGUGUUUGAAAAUAGCGAGGAGUAUGAAGAGGCUCGGAAACAUGGAUUCGACACUAUAGCGCCAGAGAAAUCAAUGCUACCAUUGGAUCCUUCACAGACGGCGACAAUGAUGACCACUUAUACCUACCAAAGUACAUACACUUUAGACGGAUCAACUCUUGUCUCUGUCAGUGAGAGAACUAUGUCAGACCUGUUGGCUCCUUCUGAAGAAAAUUUGGAUAGUGAAAGAAUUUCACCAACAGCUACUCAAGUUUAUCUAGAAACGUCCCCGCAUUACGAUAUUGCUUCAGGUACUGAGCAGGAAGACUUACACGCAGAGAAAGCGAGUGAAAGCACCGUAGACGAUGCUACAAGUUCAUCAAUAGCGACGCCGCCUCUAGACGCGGCACGCACAACAUACUUCACGACUUACACUUAUCUAACAACGCUCUUCAAGGAUGGUACUUCCAGCGUGACCAGCAGCUUGGAAACAGUUUCAAACGUGGUUUAUGGCUCUUCAAGUGGCUCCAUAGACCCAACGCAUGGCAGCUUAAAGAGCAUUUCACCAACGUCUAUUGUUCCAGUCACGACAUAUUAUACAACGUACACCUAUUUCACGACAUUGCUCAAGGAUGGAACGUCAACUGUUACUAGUCGGGAAGAGAUUGUAUCAAACACAGUUCGAGGAAGCGAUACAGCGACGACGACACAGGCGAGUGAGUUGAUAGAACCAACGAAGACGGAUCAUUUGUCGACGGUUUUUACGACUUACACGUAUUACACGACGUUCGUACGUGGAGGCAGCACGACUAUCCGAAAUCGAACGCAAGUUGUGUCCAAGGUCAAGACAAUUUCUGAGCUAAGUACUACCGAACUCAUCACAACGCCUGUUGUGUCUACUUACUACACCACGUACACAUAUUUCACCACCGUUAACAGAGGAGGCACAAAGUCUGUGAAAAGCCGCGAGAGUGUCAAGACGAACAUAGUUACGAAAUAUCCAAAAACAUCUGCCCACCAGUCGACGCCAGCGCCAUCGAUUAUAACAACCUACACAACUAUAUUAUCCCCAGUGACGGUGUACCGAGAUGGAACUCCUCGAGUUUCCUUCAUAUCGAAAACUUCCGCCAUAACGAAAACUCUUGGCCAUUCUUCAACACCGAUCUCUGAAGGAGCUGUUGAGAGCGCCAUUGAAGCUACUCCGACGGCAGGCAUGCACACCAUGUUCACGACCUACACCUACUAUACGACGUUCUACGAAGAUGGCACACCGGUGAUCUCGAGUCAUGAAGAAACGGCUACGAACAUGAUACCAGAGCCGACAGAGACGCCUCACCUUGGAGAGACCAAGAGGAAUCUUGAAAGCAGCACCGUCGUUCGCACAUAUUAUACUACGUAUACAUACUUCACUACGUUCGAAACAGAUGGAAAGCCGACCGUAUCCAGCAGGGAGGAAAUUGUAACGAACUAUGUGACUAUGACGCCACAUGACAUAAUCACUAACCCUUCGCCUACGAGUGUGUCUUUGGAAGCACAGCCGACAGAUGUGUCGAUGACUGAAGAGACGCCUCCUCUACUUAGCUCGCUUCCUGAAGGCAUCGAUCUGCGAGAGCUCCUUCGAAAUGUGCCAGUGACUCAUUACACGACGUACACCUACUACACAACGUUGUAUACGGACGGAAGCACAGUGCUGUCGAGCAGGACGGAAGUUGUUUCUAACGUCGUGGGUCCCACCGCUGCAAAUCUGCCAGCAGGCUUUCAGGUUGACCACACCGAUUCGCAGUCUCCAAUUGAGUCAACUGAAUCGGCACAGGUGUCGAGCUCCACAACGCCAGACGGAAGCUCCGCCGAAGCUAGUAGCAAAGUCGAAUCUAUCGUCCCGCAUUCACCUGUGCAAGAAAGCUCCACUACGGCGCCAAGCCCGUCAUUGACACCCAAACUUGAUUCAAGCUUUCAGAAGGCAUCAUCAACAUUCCAGAACAAACCAUUUAAGUUUAGACUCAGAACACCGAUCCUGAGAAGUCGAACAAGGCUUCCACCGCCACCGGGAGCACACAUCAGUAGUGCCUUGGGCGCACCUCUGAUUGUAGUUAGGAACAAGAGGAAUACAGAACCAAAGGACCUCGCGGUAGCAGAGGCAAGAGGAGACGAAAUAUACGCAACUCCGGUCACAUACUACACAACUUUCACCUACUUCACUACGUACCUAAAGCCAGAUGGACGUACAUCGGUUGCUAGCAACCUGCAAGUAAUUUCUUCAGUCCACUAUCCCACCCAGCGCAUCGCACCUACGAGAACAAUAUUCCAUGACCAGAUCCAUCGUACCGAACCUGUACGCGUCUAUCCUUCCCACCAAGGAGUCACGGGGUGCAUCCGGUGCCGAUCUGACAUAAAGACUGUAUACGUCACUCACACAGACUACAUCACGGAGUUCUUUCAAGGACGGCCAGUGACAUCGACGCGCUACGUAACGCUUACAAACUACGUUACCGUGACACCUGGACAAACAGUCUAUGAACACAGGCCUUCGCAAGUAGUCGCAAUCCCAGGCUGUAUUCAUUGCAGACAGCAACCACAAUACACUACACAUACCUACUACACAACUGUGCUUGUCGCAGGUCGACCGGUGACAUCUACACGCUAUGAUACGGUGACAAAUUACGUCACGGUUACCGUCACUGAAGAGCCAAUUCACCAACGAACAAGGCCGACUGUUGUUCAACCUAUCGUCCCUCACCGACCGGCAACAGCGAUUGAUACAUUUUACACAACCUACACAUAUUUUACCACCAAGGUGAUUCAUGGAAGGCCAACGGUAUCCACGAGAUACGAGACAUUAACGAAUUACGUUACACGAACAAGGGAUGAUGGAGUCGCAGGUCGCGCGAUUAAACCGACGGAAGCCUAUCGACCUGUCAUCAUACGUCCCACUCCUGUCAGAGAUACGGUGUACACGACGUACACCUACUUCACCACUAGGCUAAUUCACGGCCGACCGAGUGUCGAGACGCGCUACGAGACACUAACUGACUACGUGACUGUUACGGUGACCGAGCAGGCGCGAAUUAGACCUACCCAAGUGUACAGGCCCCUCUACUCUACAGCGCCUGGCUAUGCACCUCACCACACAGCUUACACUACUUACACUUUCUACACGACGCACUAUAUAGAAGGCCGACCGGUCGUCGAUACCCGGUACGAGACGGUCACAAAUGUUGCAACCGUUACUCUCACCGAAUACGCGACACAAGACGUAGGGGCGCGAAUCAGGCCAGCCGAGACAGGCCCAUACAGAACCUAUCACACUACGUACACAUAUUUCACAACACGGUAUGUCGACGGAAGCGCCAUAGUAAACACACGAAAGGAGACGGUGACGAACACGGUGUUUGGUGCUCUGUGCCGCACCUGCCCAGCGGGAUACAUAGAAGGCCGCUCGCAUGGUGGUGGUCCGCAUCAUCAAACUGCAGCAAUAACGCACACAGUAGCGCCGGGACCGCACAUCCAGCCAACUCCCACGACUUACUACACCACAUAUACCCACUUUACAACACUACUCGAAGGCGGACGGCCAGUCGUCCAGACUCGGUACGAGACGUACACUGACAUUGUAUCCGGCAUCGUGCUACCAACUAGGGCAUUCGUCGCGCCCGAGCCAAGCAAGCAAGAUCUCCAGCAAGGCCAGAUACAGUCAAGGCUAGACAACGUGCAAGAUCGCAUCCAAGAACAACUCCCUGUUUUCCAGAAGAUAGUGCCUUCCAGACGUCGACGGUCCUCUCCGGCAACAAGAUUACCAUUCGCCAUAACUGAUUCAGGGUUGGCGCAAGCCGAGUACGAACUGGUUGGUGGACGCGGUGAUACGUUCCAAGUGCCUCGACACCGAGCCCAAAGAGGGCUCUCUGAUGACGUAAAUGCUCCCCAAGCUCGGCCCGGCAGAAAGAUGCUGAGUCAUGGUAGGUUCCCAAGAAGCCCCUUAAGGGACGGCACAUCGACUUCUUUCGCGCACUUGCGCCAUAACGCAAACUCACUAAAAGGCUCGAGGCUCCCACCACAGCGAUUUCUGCCAAAGCCAUCGGCCUCUUCGGUCUCCUUGUCCGACACACAACUUUACCAGCAACAGCAAACCCGCCCUGAGCAAGAUCUCUCAGAACCAGCUGUCUAUCUGAAGCCAUCCGUCUACUACAGGGAGGCCAGGCGCAAUGACAAAGAUUACGAGGGGCUUCGCCGAACUGCCAGGCUGGAGCCGUCAUUUCUGGCAACGCCUUCGCCACUGACAUUCUACACAACUUUCUCGCACUUCACUACUGUGCUGAGCGACGGCAAGCCGAGUGUAUCAACGCGACUUGAAGUCAUAACUAACGUGUUCACUGACGUCGUCCUGCCCACAAGAACGACGACUGAGGUUCCCACGCGCAAGCGUAGUCGAGACGUGGACAAAGCAGAAGCCAAUACCGUGGCUAGCGAAGACACCGCUGACAUGAACCGCAAUCGGAGGCCGCAAGCAAGGAAGCUGCUUUCCCUAAGCAGCAAAGAGAAUGAGUUUUCUGUACCGGACCAGUUUGUUGUCACGGACGAGGAAGCAGCGUCAGCUAACAGACAUAAGCCUGGACUCGUGGCCCGUUCUGCAGGAAACGAAGGAAGUUCUGCCGACAAAGCCAAAGACCAUCCCGUAGGUCUCAUUCAGUCAGCGGAAGCAAGAGCAGUGCGAAACGGGGCAACGACGGUAUAUGCUACAGAAGUCUACGGCACUUUUAUCAACGGCGCCUACGCUCAAGUAGUCUCCACGGCUGUGCGAGUGUUCUCCGACCAGAAUCAGCGCAGCUCCUCGCACCUUCCGCCGAGGCAAGAGCUGUCUACGUCUCCUGGAUCUCCUGCACAAACGCGCCCGACCGGUCUGAUAUCUUCUAUAGCCAACACGGUCAUCCAUGACAGCACCACCACUGCCUUUACGACGAAUAUUUAUGGAACGUACAUUCGAGGCAUGUACGCCCAUGUCGCGCAGACGACGUCUACUGUGAUCAAACCUCAAGCCUCUAAGUCAGUGUCUAGUAUUACGAAGAACCAAGAGUACAAAACGGGCCUCAUCUCCUCGCUAGUCAACACAGAAAUCCACGACGCGACGACGACCGUUUGGAAAACGCACGUCUACGGCACGUUCGUAAACGGAUUUUAUGCCCACGUAGCGUCUACAGCGUCGGAGGUGCUCAAACCGACCAAAAACGCUUUUGUACAGGCAACUAGCACCCAGUUACCCACGCGAACAAGUGUGCCGUCGCAACAGACGAAGACAAAGAGCUACAAGACAGGGCUUCUAUCGGCGCGAACGAACAUAGUUGCCAACGGGGGGACGUCAACGGAAGUAGUGACCAACAUAUAUGGUACAUUUGUGGGUGACCUUUACGCGCAAGUGGCACGCACGACGUCUCGUGUUCUAACGGAAAGUGCACCUAGUAAGAACGAUGCAGCCAAGCCAACCACAGCCGCCAAACCGACAGGCAUAGUUUCGUCAACAGUCCAAAGCGUGACGCACGGAGAUGCCGUUACGUACUAUACAACGGAAAUAUACGGAACUAGUGUGGGCAACCUGUACGCACAGAUAGCGAAGACUUCUACACGCACAGAGACUAUAAAGCCUACCAGCACGAAAGUAGCAACGCAACCAUUCCUACAGAAGACAGGACUACUUUCGUCGAGUGUUUUGAGCAGCGAAGUUCACGGCGCGUCAACCACCCUACACAUAUCUGAGGUCUACGGGACUUACAUUGGCGACGCCUACGCUCAAUUCGGAAGAUCGACGCGUCGAAUCAUAACGCCGACACAGACUAACAGAGAACCAGCAAAAACGGAAAGCCAGAAGACUGGAUUGGUUUCGUCAAUUGUGAGCACAGAAGUACAAAACGGCAAGACGACUCUUCACACGACAGAGAUACACGGCACUUACAUCAAUGGUUUUUACGCUCAUAUCGCACGAAAGACAUCCAGCAUCUUGCAGCCUGCUUUAGUCAAGGCGACACAGGCACCGGCAGUGAUAGCGAACACGGAAACUCUAAUAUCAAGUGAAGUCAGUACAGAAAUCCGGAAUGGUGCUACGACCCUCCACACGACGAACGUGUACGGGACGCACAUUAACGGGUUCUAUGCCCACGUUGCCAGGAGUACAUCAAGCGUAAUACCCCGAACCACGGCGCCAUCUUCAACAUCAGAAACACUAAAGACUGGCCUUGUAUCGCGAUCUGUGCGAUCUGAUGUUCAUGGUGGAUACGUGACAGAAUAUACAACUGAUAUUUAUGGAACGUUCAUAAACGGCUUUUACGCCCACUUAGCAAGAACUAGUACAACAAAAUACGCCCAGUCUACGAGCAAGUCGGAAUCUGUGAACCUCCUCUCGAGCUUCUAUAGCUCUUUGUCUGCCCUCGUUUCUUCAAGCACGUUUCCACUUACGCUGACAGAACAAUCUAGCUGGAGCUUUAUAUCACCAUCUGUGUCAAGUCCAAGUUGGGAAGCGACGACAUUUAUCGCACCAGAAUCUUCGAUAAUUACACUUCAGUCGCCCAACGUGUUUCACAUUACCGAGCCUUCUAAGGACCUCACCAGUUCGUUGAGCGCAUCAGCCAGCGUCGAAACAAUAAGUACGCUGCAUUUGCCGAUUUCGACAUCCUCGAAGAAUAGCGUAAAUAUUGUGGAACUAGACACGACAACCGACAACAUACUUGAGGAAAUUGGCCUCACUACGGUGAUACGCAUUGACUCUUCUCUUGAUGAUAAAACUAUCAUCCCAACCAUAGACGAAGUUGUUCUUAUUUCUUCAAUAAGCACAGAACAAGUGAAGACGAUAGUUGCCGAGUCGACACCUGCAAUAACGCAUAUACCUGACAGCAGCUCAAUCGAAACUGAGACGCCCUUAGAGACCAGUGUGUCGACGGAAUCAAGUCAUACAAAUGAAAUUCUGGAGAAGCCGUCCACUGAAGCCCAGGAGACAGUGACGUCCCGAAUAAGACCAAUAUUUCCUACCAGAAGGCGCCCUAAUGGUAUUAAGAGACCUACCCAUCGCGUGCCGGGUGACUUCAGGGAUGAGGAGGAAGAACCCGAAGACUAUGGCAAAAAUGAGUUCCUCGACGAAGAAGACGAAGAUUACAACGAAUAUGAAGAGAGACAGCUUCAGACACCCGAACCGCGCUCGUCUAAAAGACAUCGGCCCACGCGUGCGGGAUACACCAGAGGCCCUCGCCAACCGCAGACGACGCACCAACUCAAGCACCAGGCAGAAGACGAAGAAUACGACUUAUAUCAUGACGACGACUACGAACAAGUGUCGGCACGGUCGAGGUCUCAAGCAAACCGAAACGAAGAUAUCAAGCAGCCUUCAGCACCUUCAGGCGUGAACAUAAGACCUUUCAGAAGAGACCGCGUUUCCUACGCCCCACCAUCAAGGGUCGUCAACAAGCCAGCCUUCACUCUUCAAUUAAGAAGACCACACGGAAGACAAAGAUUAAACAGCCGACGUCCCUUAAAGCCUGAGGAAGAAGAAAUCGAAGCUGAAGAGGCUGUGCACAGCUCUGCAGCCACUCCGCAAUUGCACUUGGGGCGACGCAGAGGUUCAGCGAGACCACUAGCUGGGAAAUCCCCUGCAAGGGCACCUUUUACAAGAACGAGACCAUCCGCAGUAGAGAAGACUUACGGAAUAAGCCCGAGCAGGACAAAAUCCGAGGAAGAGUAUUCUGAUUAUGAAGAGGACGAUGACUACACGUCUGAGCGAAAUCCCCGUGGCCGCGGUCGUCCUAAACCAACAUUACGGGGCCCACAGAAUGCUCGAGGGAGGGGUAAUUUAGGAGUAAGGCCAUUCGGAAGACCACAACAGCACACGGACGAAGAAAAUUCUAAUGAAGACACACACUCAAACGCAAGAAACCGUGGGCGACUAAACCCCGCAGCGAAAGGCCGCCGUAAUCAGAACAGAGCUAGGACACCUAACUUGAAAUCCUCGUUCAACGCUGUAAAGGACGAAGAGGAGUCACCAAACUUGCCCUUCGCUAGACUUCGCGGAAACAGGAGGCGCUCGUCUUACAACCCCAGGGCCCGUAGAACGUCGUUGACGUCAACUGGCCGUCCAUCAACAAAGCCUCCCAUAACCGUCACUUCUGUGAUAACGACCGUAAAAACUCUCCCAAUAUACCAUGGCUUCAAGACCUCAUACGCGACGCUGACGACUACAGCCCUAGCAUCCAGUGUAAUUCAGCCUACUCUGUACUCGACGGCAGUUGACGAGUCAGGACGGACAAAGACUAUCCUCAAUUCCAGGAGCGACGCGAACGGUCCUUACACGACAUUCACAGAAGUGCUCAUUACGACCAGCGACUUGCAGCAGUUUAGGCUUCUUCCAAUAAAGAUAGGGUUCAGCACCCGUACUGACACAAUAACCGAGACGACAGUCUUAACCCAACUCACAACCCUGUACAGUACCAUAACCCCAGAGGUGAUACCAACCACACCAGCCACAAACCCUCCUGGCUUUCCAGUCCCUUUUUACCCGCAGAUUCCUAACCAAGAUUUUAGCCUACUGACCUCUUCGUAUGUAACAACGGAAACAAUUGUGACUUCGACAGUGUUGCCCAUUGUUCUUCGUGGAAGGACGGUUCUUAGCACCGUCACUACAACCAAAUUUUCUGAAUCGACAGUGACGAAGACGGCGUCCGUCCCUGUUCCCCAAAUUCCAACAGCAGCUCCUUUCAUACCGCAGCCAUAUUUUGCGGUACCUCAAAUAACAACAAUGCUCACUUUGUAUGUCACUGGGGACCAGGGGGACGUCAUUCCCGUAGUUACUACUGUCACUGUUCCAUUUUAUCAGCAGCCUCAGCAUUUCUUUCACACUAAAGUAGCGAGAAGCGUUCCCGACAAGGCUUCUGAAUUUGCCACUUUGGCUUCCACAGCGUUCAUAGGAGUUGCUGUCGACGGGUCCAGACAGGAUGAAGUGCCAGGAGGUGACCGUUCUGAAGAGGUAGCACUUUUCAGCUCCGGAAUCGAACCCUCGCUAGGCCGUGCAUCUUCCUGGUCGUUGGCACAGUCUCGAAGCCCACACAUCGCAGCUUCUGAAAGCAUUUCGGACAUUGACGCAGUGACGACCAUAUCCAUGGGACCAAUCACCGAGGUUUACGAGCAACCGGCUACCGACAUCCCGGUGCUGCCAAAGCCAACCAAAGGUGGCUCCGCGAAGAAGUGGAAAGCCGAAAAGAAGCCAACGGCUACACCCGACGUCACUCCUGAGGACGACAAGUAUGGCAUUGGUGGAAAGUUCAUCUCUCGAAAGUUGCAGCAGUUCGAAGAAACGGAAGAUGAAGGCGUGAGACAAGCGGCAGAUUUCACGCGCAUACGCGGAAGAAGCCGUGUUCGUGCAACGCGAGUGCAGCCGCUGCAUCUUUCGACACCUGAGCCUCUUGUGGACAACAGUGGGGCCCCCCAACCUGGCUUCGACAACGCCGGCACAGUUCAUGACGAGCCCGCUGAAGGCGGCGUCCGCACGGGUGUGCGUCGGGGGCGAGUGUUUCGAAGACCUGUGCACAGAAACAGAGCCAUCCUGGAUGGCUCUUCACCAAAUGAAUUCAGGGGUCCUCAUGGCGGUUUUAUUCGUAGAAGACCUCCCCACGUUGUUCAAGAUCCUGUGGACCUGAACCCGAUUCAAGAACCAAGCUCGGCUUUUCAUUUUGGUGACGACCAGCAAGCCUACAGUCCAGGUAAUCUUCUCGAAACCCCUCUGCCUGCUCUUUCCUCUCAUCUUCUUCCCUCUCCUUCUUUGGACAAUUUCUUGUCGUCUUCCUUUGUGGGUGGUGGAUACUCCUUCUCGGCACCGGAGGUUGUGGCUACUCUUACUGACCCUUUGGCAUCUCCACCUAAUCACGAAAUCACGGCGGAUGCGGUUACUCUUUCGGGACUGGAAACCUCUGCACUGCCCCAAGGCAGAGUGAGAAGGAUCAAGGUUCUUAGACCUGCCCCUCAUGGUGAAGGAUCCCUUGGUGACGGUUCAAAGAAGGUUCGUCGCGUUACGGUAACUCGGACGUUCUCCCCGGCAGGUGCACCGACGAGGUAUGAGGACUACCGCCCGCAGGUGGACACUCCUUUCAACCAAGACGAUGGUGGAUUUAACCACUUUGGUCCCCACCAAAAUGUAGUACCGGUCGUCCCACAGCCACAGCAUCAGCAACCACAAGACGUGCUGAGAGUUCCUGCUGAAGUAACGCAGCAGGCUGGAUUAGGGCACGGCAUCCCUUACGAUCACUUCUCUACGGGUGUCAAUCAGCAGUCAUUCCCAGGUUUCAGUCCCAACGUGCCCUAUCAGUACUCGCCUCCUGUGCCGCAGCAGUUUGCCCAAGCAGACCCGUAUUCACCUCGCGUGCCUGAGCAACACGACCGUUUCACGCAGCUACAGCCAGUGCAGAACUUCGUUCCUACAGCCGAGCAACCUCCCCUUUCGCCUCCUGCGCACGACUUAAACAAUGUACCUCUAGAGGCGCCUGUUCCUCCUCCUCCACCACCACCACAGGCACCUGCGUCGCCGGCUCGAAACUCACGCCGAACAGUCUUCAGAAGGAUUCGGCCGACUAACUCGAAUCAUCACGGAGAGAGAAAGACGUCUCUCGUGCGCAAAACACGGCCUAUAGUUUCCACACCCGCUGUACAGCUAAGCUCUAUAAAUGUAGAACCAACGCACGUUUUCGUUUCGGCCGACUCAAUAGACUACAACAGAAUUCUGGGCUCGUCACAACAAUCACUCGAGUAUUUCGGACCAGCCUCCCAAGAGUAUUUUGCCCCUGUGUCGCAAGAAGUAUUUGCCCCCGUGUCCCAGCAGUAUUUUGCUCCUGCAUCGGACCAGUACUUUUCUUCAGUCUCUAGAUUCCCUGAACCACCGCCUUCUUUGCCUCCCGUCUCGACAGAACCGACGUUCGACGCUCAUUCGGCGGCGCCUAUUGAACAGAAUAACGAAAAUUCCGCUGACCUGGUAGAAGACACAACACCUGCUUCGCAUCAGUUCAGACGAAUAAUUCGUGUAAAGAAACCUGGAGAAGGCAAAGGUGGUCAAAGGCGAAAGGUCGUUUUGAACAGGAGGCCAUCAAUAAACAGCCUGCAGGCGCGUGGUCCAAUAAACAACGGAAACAACCCAAAUGAGCUUCUGCCUCAAAGUGUUGCUGCGCCUCCACUUGUUUCAAGCCACGUGUUCUCACCAGGGCAAGAAAGUGUCAGCCCUAGCGUGUCGCUAGAGAUCGGCGCUACUGUGCCGCUUACAUAUUACACAACCUUUACGUAUUUGACAACGUUCCUUCACGGGACAGACACCGUUUACAACAGCAGGGAAGCUGUUCUCUCUUCAGUGGCGACUGAGACGCUGAACUCUGAUAUAGUGAACGUCAUUCAAAAUCACGGUGGCUUCACAACGGCGCCUGAUGGCGUUUCAACUGUCAAUCUAGGAUCAAGAACAAAAGGAGCGGCCACAACAAUUGUUAACCUGGAAUCUCGACUGCAGAUCUUCAACAGCGAUAUCUAUAAGGUGAUACACCCAACGCCAACGGUGCAGACAGAGACGACAUUCAAGACAGAAUCACCGGUCCUUGAACGUAUACAGGAGCCGCACUCCCCUCACCAUGAUGCGCCUGCAGGGGACGAGACAAGUAUUGUGCCAUUAACGGACCUGUUUACUGCACCGAGGACUUUUUACACUCUUUAUACAUAUUAUUACACGCUAUUUGACGGCACCGAAACGAAGAAUUCUGUACGAUCUGAGAUAUCAUCGAGCGUCGCGUUGGAUGACAGUCCAUUCAGGCCCCCCAUAACACAGACAAGGAUCAGGAAUGGCCUCUUGCCACUUGGGCUUGAUGUGACAACCGUCCACCUUGGCUCGCGAAACUUAGAUGGAACGAGAACUGAGGUGAAUUUGGGUAUGCGAACUGUAAUUAAAUUUGACAAAAUUCUCGACGCUGAUAUUGGACAAGUUCACGAGGAUGUUGCUCCGACUGCAUCGUAUUUCCCGAGCUUCGCGACAGACGCUGUGGACAAUAAGAUUGACUUCAUAUCUAACCAGGAAAGGUCUUCUCUUCUCGCUGAUGCUCUGCAGCCGUCUUAUGCUAUUGCCAGUGGUAACAUUCAACCGUCAAGCAACAUUCAUGCGACACCUGUAAUCCUGUUUCCAGUGGACGAAUCAACAAAUGCGCCGAGAGCCAAGGUGAGAAUUGUGACUUCACGCGUGAAGCCGGCAGGUGGCUUGAAGUCUGGUGUGUAUCAGGCUGGUCCUGGCGUAAGGGUUCGCAUUAAGCCUGUUGUGAAACACAUAGACGAUUCCAAAACUUCCAUUGUCUCACCAGAACUGUCGUCAAGUCAUGUGUACGAACCUUUCAGUUCUUUCUUCAUUACGUCACCAAACCCAAGCUCUUAUGUGACUGGAGAUGAGCCUCAAUUGUCAUCGGCCCUAUUCCCCUUAACGACGCCGGAAGAACAAGAAGCGCACAGGGGCAAAAAGAGGCUUAAAGUGACGCUGCGAAGACCCAUUCCGGGAGAUAAGUUAGCGAGAACAAAUUCAUUGAACACGAGAUUUGUAAGACCAUCUCGUUUCGAGAUAACCACAAAGCCUCGGUUUUACGUUGUGACCAGAACGAAUGCCGCUGGUGUGGCCAGGCCUACGAAGAAUCCGUUCACUGUGAAAGUGAGUAAGAGGCUUAAGCCUACGGACCUGAUUCGAGCGACUCCUUCCGUCAUAUAUGAAACCUUUACAACCACGACAUCAGUUCCCGUCAUAUUCGGCUUGCAGACAAGCUACAGAGAAGUAGUCAUCACUGCAUCGACACCAGUAACCCUGACCGCAUCACCGACGUAUGGUGUGGACGAUCAUGAUUUGAUUGAACCUUCCCAGACUGUGAUGCUGACAUACUUCACCACCACUACGUUCACGGUCCCGUACACUUUGGGUGACCAGACUCUGUACACGACUGUCCUCGAGACGAACUCAAGGGUCGUCACCGAGACCGUAGGUAAUCAUGUCGUAGAUCCCCUGCACGCAUCGCACUUCCCGGAAAUUAUCGGAGACCAGAAUGCCCAACUCAUUGGCCGAGGUGCUGCGCCGAAACAUGAAUCAUCCUUGAACCUGUUGGCGUCCCAUUACCAACAAAGGCCCGGACUAUCAACGCGAGUCUCCGAUGGUGUUACCCUUAUUGUUGCCAGUGGAGGGGAUGGCGAAGCUACUACGCAUUUGUUCCCCCACCAGCCGACGCCUUACACCCUGCAGCCAACCUUGCUGCUGGAUGCUGUCUUGAUGAAGGAAAACUUCGAUGGUCACAAUGUGACACCGCAGCCGUACUCUGUGUCCUAUAGCACGAAGACGUUGUUCACUACGUACACCUACUUUACAACAUUCUUCACAGAUGACUCUUCAUCUAUCGCAAGCUCCGAGCAAGUUAUUUCGAACACUGUUACUAUUCCAGUUACGCAGAAUCUGUACCCUACUAUAACGCCGUACCUGCCCGAACCAAGAGAACCAAGCACAUACUUGGAGACAAGUGAGCGCGUAGUGACGAGCACUUCAUACAAUACAUUCACAUUUUAUGCCACUUUGUUCAAUGGUUCAAGCUCUGUAGUAACGCCGUUUGAAGAAGUCCAAUCACAGGUGUUCGUCAUUACUGAGUCUUUCACAAUUACGCGAACAGUGCAACCAACGCUGUCGAUCCAGCCGCAGUCCACUCCAAUUUUCUCUCGCCCCGAACCGCAGCAGAGCUACCACUACCAAGACCAAGAUCAGUUCUUAUCACAGCAUUACGCAAGUCAGCAGCCGCAACUCUACCAUGCCAACGACAUCUUUAAAUCACAGCAGCUUCAGCCAUCAACUGUUCUGAGCACUUUGUAUUCGACACAGACGAACUUUAUCACAUUCUUCCAAGGAACAAGUACGAUCGUUACCUCUAUUGAAGAGGUUCUUUCAGAUGUUGUUACUAUCACAAUUCCUCAUGGUCUUGCCACUCCUGUCCUGUCGUCUCCCUAUUUGCCUUCUCCGACAACGACCUCAGUUCCAGAAUUCAGCACGAGGACUUAUCUCACAACACAGACACAGUACGUGACAUUCUUCAGAGGAACCGAGACGAUACUGUCUUCGAUCGAAGAAAUUGGUACGACAGUUGUAACAGAGAGGGCUGGUUCCCGACCUUCCGUCUACUCAAGGCCAAUAUCUACACCAGCGCUUUAUUCCGUCGCACCAGCUAAAUCUAGCACGCCAUCCUUCGUGCUGCCAUCUCACACAGGCGCCCCAGCAGAUUUGGUUCCUUCCGUAAGGACUUAUUACACUACCUAUACGUAUUUCACGACGUUCUACACCGACUCAAGCUCUAUUAUUGCGAGCAGAGAAAAUGUUGUUACGUCUCACGUCACAUUGUUUGUACCACGUGGGGCUGUCACAUCCUCAGUGAGAACGACGGCACCUACAAGGAUACCCACGGUUGCUACGCCCGCGACGACCUUGACAACAAGUUCCUCUUCAAGGCCCACAGCGACAUCUACAUCUCGUUACACGCGGCCAACGUCGACUACGCCCCCGUAUGACACAAAGUUGUAUACAACCGGUACGACGUAUACCACGUACACUUUCUAUACCACACUGUUUGGUGGUCAAGACAAGAUUGUGAUUUCGAGUGAACAAGUUGUGCCGCAGAUUGUGACCACCAGGAUAGGCUCGAAGCCAUCAACUACGUCAUCCCGCCUGAGACCUACACCUACUGUCUUGACGCAUAUGACUACCUACACGUAUUUCACCACCCUCGUUAGCGAUUCUGAUACGAUUGUGUCGUCGUCAGAAGAAGUUAUAACGCAGCUUGUGUCGACCACUAUAUCGCCUUCUUCCUCAACCAGCUUCGUACCGGAAGUGAAUAUCAUUACUUCUUCCCUGUAUAAGCCUGUCAAAGAAGAGAAAUUGGAGCCGUCCAGCAAAACGGGAACAAGUCAAACAAAGAGGCCGCCUUUCGGAAGCGGUCUUAGACGUCCUUCUACAGGUCUCCAUCGUAAGUCUUCUGUUACGCUUUACGCUUCGUCCAGUUUUAUUCCUACUUCUUCCCCGACGCUAACAACAGUGACACCAUCUUUUGCAAUCUUCGAGUCACCGUCCAUUGAAGAAGAAACCACAAGGUCAUCGAUGGGAGUCUCCACAACGGUUAUCGAUGGCUCUACCGUCAUCUUCUUUACUGACAUUGCUGCCAGUCAGGAAGAAGAAGACUCUGAUUCAAUUGCUUCUGAGUCUGCAUCCUCACUCUUUACAUCUUCAAUGCUCUCCCCUGUGUUCAUACCGUCAUCCUCACUUUUCCCAGAAAUCCUUCACAGUUCUUUCUUUUCUUCAGCGUCAGUUGCCACCCCUGUCACAUCUACAACCGUUCUGGAAAGCAGCACAAAAUAUGUCGGCCACGACAACGAAACAACUACGUUGUCACCAAGCAUUACGUUAUUCAUGGUAACUGGCACAGACGGUUCUCUAACGAGGCUCACAGAGGCAACAUUCACAUCACGAACACAGGAUGUAGCACCUAGCAAAGCAGCAGCACCGGCAAAUGCCGACAUUGUUGCCACAGAGAUACCGUUCUUGCAACACGUUCCAUCUUCUUCUCCCAGCUCUGGAGAUGGCAGCAGUCAGGCAGGCACUAGCUCUCCAUCUAAGCCAAUAAAACCAGGUUCCAUUAUUGACCUCGCCGAUGUGCUCGGAGGAAACGCAAACAUUGGCAGUAAUAUUGGAGAAGCCAUCAAAGGCAUUGUUCACCUUUUGUCUAAUGGCAAGAAGAACGGUACUGAUGGCGGAAGUGACCUCCAGCCAAGUCAAGUGAAGGAAGACGUGUCGCUUCCUCCUAGUGAUGGUGUGACAGUGAGCAACAUUGAGGAGCCUGUUUAUAUCCCCGUUGGCGCAAUCGCGUCCGAUAUGUCGGCCGCUGAGCGAAGUCAGGUGCAUAGUGACUCCUUCGAUGGUCCAGCUCUCACAUCACUAUUGCACGGAAAGCCGUCCAUUAUGGGAGAGGGCUUCCACACAGAUGUGUUUACCGGUGCGGAAACUGUGUUCAUUCUUCCUACGGACGCUCACUACGACGAUGACGCAGGGGACGGAGAGGAUGUUCCGGAACGCGUUGACAAAGAUACGUCUGUCCACCUUGUCGGUAGCGUCCAAAAGGCCUCGCUUCCUACCACGGAGGCCACUCCAGCAUUAGACGCUAACACGGGUGUUAUAACCGGAGACAAGACCAUCUUCUUCGACGACCUUGACAAGCUCACCGAGCUCACGCAAAGGGCGGAGGACAACAAGGGCGAUGCUACGAUAUCUGACCCGAAAGAACUUUCGAAGGUCGUCGGCGUUCAGACCAUAUUCUUCCCCGACACAAGCGUGCUCCAAUCUUCUCUCGUAAGCGAAGUUCAGAUCACAGGAGCAACUACCAUCUUUGGAGAGGGCUUCACACCCAUCCUGCCAGGCACGCAAGAUUCCUCAGAGACACUCGUCUCAUCCAUUCAACCCUCUGUCGUCGGUGGUGCCAAAUCAGUCAGCGGUGCUACGACCAUCUUCUUCCAACUGGAUGGCGAAAGAGUUCCCAUACUACCGUCCGUGUCCACGAGCUUGUCAACCGUGACGCAAUACGUCACGAGCGUGGAGUCUUUCACUCGAACGCUCACGCUCACGACGACGAAGGUGUACUACACGAGAGACAGCCCGCUGACGAUAACAUCUGUAUUUACCACGACCAUACCUCCCAGGACUUUUGUGUCGACUAUCAUUGGAAGUCGCACCAUCCUGGGCACAUUGCCCGAACCUUCCGCUUCUGUCGAGGCACAGCUGACGACGCCUCUCCCGAGCGAAGCCACCACGACGGUCACCACGACGACCCUCAUCUUCAACUCCAUCACAACGACCGUGGUUCGGACGUUGGUGCUUCCAACGGAAAGACCGGAACCGACUCGCUCCUCAUCUAUUGGCAACAUCCCGACAACAUCUGUCCAAGUAACGCCCGAGGUCAGGGGAAGAACUCCGGAGUCCGCCGACAGCAAGUCGCCUCCGACGUUGCGACCUCCUCAGCGGCGCCUCACGACGCCUCGAACGACGACCGCGGCGAUCGGCAAGCGACCGGUGAUCCCGUUCAGAGCUCCGUCCAGACCUCCAGACACGGCGAGCACCAAACCAGUGCCAACCGGUCCAAAGUUCAAGAUACCGUUCCCAAAACCACCGACCACGACAACGACCACACCCAAGCCGACCAGGCCGCCCAAGGCCAAGCCUGGCAAAGUGACGCCUGUCGAUGGCUAUCCUCCAGUAUGUCUGCCGGGAUGCAACGUGGCGAACUACGAGGUCUGCCGCGAGGCUUUGGACGGCACGUGGCAAUGCAUGUGCAAGCCUGGCUACGGAAGGCACGAUGGCAACAAGACUUGCACAGAGGUCGAGACGUACGUUGUCGUCCUUCGUGUUGUGAAGAUGGGAGAAUCAGCGGUGUCGUAUCGCACGGAGUUCUCCAACAGCCUUUCCACAGAAUUCCAACAAAUCGCCGACGCAGCUAAGAAAGGAAUGAGUGACGCCUACAAGAAGACGGACGUGGACAGUCAGUACGUGACGUCGAACUUGAACAGCAUCUCAGCGGCCGAUGACUUGGACACGGCCGACAGCGCUCCGCAGGGCAUCCUGCUCAACUUCACCGUGUCCAUGGCGAGGUCAGAGGCCAUCACCUCCGAGGUAAUACGCGAACAGCUAAGCCGAUCGCUGCGCCAGUCCAACUACAGCAUCGGAAAGAGCCCGCUGUUCGUCAGCCCCAACGUUCACGCCGUCGCCGCAGUUCAAGAUUACGACGAAUGCGGCGACUUGGACGCAAACGACUGCGGCCGGUUCGCUGUCUGUGUCAACUUGCCGGGAACAUACACUUGCUUCUGCAAGAGUGGCUUCGAAGACCUCGACCCGCUGCGACCGGGCCGUGUUUGCUCAGGAGAGAUAAAGAACUGCGACCACUGCAAUGGCCGUGGAACAUGCCUGGUGAACGAUGACGGAAAGAGGAGCUGCCGCUGCAACCGCAUGUUCCUUGGACGACGCUGUGAGAUCAACGGUCUAGUGCUGGCGAUCGCACUUCCGAUCGCGCUGGCGCUGCUGGUGAUGAUGCUGUGCUGCCUGGUGUGCCUGUGCCGCCGAUGGAAGCGUCGGGCGCAGCGCGCCAAGGGACCCUUCCGGCUGGGCGCCGUCAGCCCGCUUGGGGGCACGCUUGACAAGAAGGCCAUGAUCACCGACACCUCGAGCGAGAGCAGCGGCGAGCAUGCGCUCAAGCACUCCUACGCCUUCGACGGCUUCAUGGUUGGACCAGGACCCGACCACACCAUGCAAUCAAAGAAGUCCAGCCGCAAGAGCGACAUGAGCCUAAACCGCAGCCUCUCGACCGGCUUCAGCGUGCCGCACGUCGUCAUUCCGCGAGCUAGACAUAGUCCUCCCAAACAGGGAAGACCGCUGAGUUCCGGAGCCAUCGAUACGCUCGGCCGAGACCAGGUGGACAUGGGGAACAUGCAGAGCAAGCUGCUGUACGUCCUGGACGGUUCCACUGGCAAUAAUCGACAGCCAGUGGACAGCAAAUCGGACGAAGGUCGAUUCGCUACGCUUCCGGACACCAACACUUUCAACCGUUGGAAGAGCAGCCAAGGCAAGGAGGAGCCUACGGGGACCAAGAAGAAGGGAUCCAAGAAAUCUAGUCCUGCUUCGAGCGAGAAAAAGGCGAGCCCGCCAGCUACCGGGACGACGCAGCGUCGUCCUGACGCUCCUGCGCCUCCUCCGCCACCGCCACCGGCGCCAAUCACGCCGGGCACGUCCCGUUGGCUCGACAGUUCCAAGCGGGCCGCGGAGCGCCAGCACCUUGUUCAGCAAAAGCAGCAGCAACAGCAGCAGCAGCAGCAGCGGGGACAGAACGACGAACUUCCCUCGCCGCCGUCGACCUUCUCGCGCGAAAUGGACAAGUUCCGAAGCUCCGUGGCUGGACCGUCCGACGCCGAUUCGCAGCAGCCGCAGCAGCAAGAAGGCGAGGACGCCUACGGCACCAACACAUUCACGAAGAAAAGCACCAUCUCGGAGGCGGGACGCUCCUACGACGAGACGACCAUCCGGCCCGCAGUGAAGAGGCUGCGGCCGCCCGACGCACCCGACGACGACGCUGUGCCCAGCACUUCGCGCGGAGGAGGCGGUGGCAAUAUUACAGAGGAAAACAGCCGCUGUGAUGACUCCGGAAAUGACGUUGGCCCAUCAGCUAGUCCAAUCCAGGGUCUUCGUGCCGACGCCUCGAGAACGCGAAGGACCUCCAAGUCCGGCUCGUCGACAGGAGACUCGGAUGUCGUUGCACGACCUUUUUAGACGCCUUCGGCUAAGGACGUGCAUUUUGCGAUUACACUAGAUUACGACGAUUGGCGCAAUAAUCCUAAUCAGAUAAAUUAACGAUGAAUCAUUACCGAGUUAUCAAUUUCGCAAUUAUAAGAGGAGGUGCUUUGCAUACGUUUCGCGCCGAUUUAGACGACUGUGCCUUGCUCAAAACGUUUCUUCCCCUUUCCAUGUUCUUACAUUGAGAGUUCUUACAGCUGUGCAUCUUUAUAACGUUUCUGCGUCAUAUUCUCUCUUGGUGUGAUUUUUUUGGCCUACAAGAGAUACAAAGGUGGUUUCGGAUGCUAGUACUGCGCUAUCUGUUGAGACUUAUCUGAUAAAUGUCGCUAUAACUUUACCCACUUCGUUUUUGCCUCACCUGAAAACUCAGCGCCACUGUAUGCUCGUCUCUUCUGAGAGUUUCCUUUUGCUUCUACGAAAACUUGGGCUUGCCAUAAGAUUCGCUCACACGCGCACCAUUGUUUUUGUCAGCAAGCGUUUGUACAUAAUAGAGACUAUCAUUGCCUUGUUCCAUUGUAUCAUAAUUGUAACCGGAAUGUGCAUAUGUAAUUACAAGAUGCCUAGCUUUUUUUUUAUUUUAGUGUUUCUGCUGCUAGCUCGUACUAUGUUGUUUCUAUCAAUAUCCUGCUUUCAUUCUUGUAGGAACUGAGAAAAUCAAGUUUUGGCAACAUUCGUUGCGAGUGUUCGCUGCUUAGUUGAAAUGCGACUAGCCCCACACUAAGGCUUCCACGACGAUGCCGUCACUAAUACUAGGGCCGCAUGUUACGGCGCAGAAAUAAUUCGCCGCUUUUGUAUGCCUAGCAGAGAGGGCCUACUCUGUAAAUAGUAUUGAUCUAAUGCUCUCUUUGUUUAGGUGUUCAAGAUGCCGCCGAAUUGUUAUUUUCUUUAAUUCUGAGGGAGGUCAGAUAACACAUGCCAACUGCUCAUAUUCUUUUUGCGGCGUAUUUCGCGGCCCCUCAUUAUUUUUGACAGAACUCUUGCUAACCGUGAAAAGAAGUGAAUAAAGAUAUGUGUUAAAAUAAAA